AGAGAGCUCACUCAACAAGACAUAAGUGUCAAUGAUGCCCUUGCUGCCCUCCGUGGUGCUCUUACUGGAAAGAGAGAGCUCACCCAACAAGACAUAAGUGUCAAUGAUGCCCUUGCUGCCCUCCGUGGUGCUCUUACUGGAAAGAGGGAGCUCCCCCAACAAGAUAUACGUGUCAAUGAUGCCCUUGCUGCUCUCCGUGGUGCACUUACUGGAAAGAGAGAGCUCACUCAACAAGACAUAAGUGUCAAUGAUGCCCUUGCUGCCCUCCGUGGUGCUCUCCUUGGAAAAAGAGAACUCAGCCAACAAGAUGUUACUCUAAUUGAAGCCCUUGCAGCUUACCGAGAAGCUAUUGCUGGAAAGUGACGAUCUGAUAAAGAUUUCCUCAUUUCCCCUUAAGAUCACCAAUUGCACCGAUGAACAAUUUCAAAGCAUUUAAAAUUAGUCUAAUCCAGUGCUGGAUUAAGACCCUCCCUCUCCCCUGAGGCAGUUAAAAUCUCAUGGUCCCAAACAUUCAAAUCCUCAC